AUGAGAGAAAAUGACAGGACAUCGGUCUUUGUGGAGCUGAUGAUUCUCAAAGCACUGUGUGACCACCCUCGCCUGCUAUCUGAGAGAGCCUGUCACAUGCUCGGACUCAUUCCAGCUCCGAGAUUAUCUGCUGAAGAAUUAUCCCCUUUGAAACAGACUUCACCAUUUAAGCAGUCUAUUACUCCUUCACAUCAAAAUAAUGGAAUACAAAGUGAGAAGAAAGGAAAUGGUCAAAACAAUCAGUCUAAAGGGAAUUCAAUAGAGAAGGAAGAAGAAACUUUACCUGCUACAUCAAUUGAAGGAGAUAACAACAGAGCAUCUACCACAGAUGGUAAGAAUGCUACUGAAGAAAAGGAAGAUAAAUCUAAGAUGGAUGAAACAAAGGAACAAGGUGAACAAAAGGAAGGGGAAUCUAAUCCUGAUGAUAAAUCAACGAAGGAGCAUAGGACAGUGGUGUCUGAUGAUAAAGAGAUUGCUCUUCCAGGGCAGAAAGAGAGGGUUCUCCCAGCGUGGAUGACCAAGGCAGCAUCCGAGAAGGAAUUUGCAUUUAACGACAUCACUGGGGUGAGCGAGGAGGUACUUAUACAAGAGUCAGGGAAGCUGGUUUUCCUCUUCAAGCUUCUGGAAAAUCUAAGAGAAGAAGGACAUCGGUGUCUUGUUUUCAGCAGAUCACUCAAGAUGUUGAAUAUGAUUGAGAAGAUACUACGAACAAGGCGAUUCCGAUGGAAGCGGUUGGACGGCUCCAUCCAUAAUAUGAUUGAGAGGGAAGCGAUCAUUGAAGACUUCCAGCAGGAUGAUUCUUAUAAUCUAUUCCUCCUGACUACUCAAGUAGGAGACACAGGGCUGAACUUGACAGGUGCAGACAGGGUCGUUAUUGUUGAUCCAAGGUGGAACCCAUUCACAGACAAUAAGGCAGUAGACAGAGCCUAUCGUAUUGGCCAGACCAAGUCGGUGAUAGUCUAUCGGCUAAUUACAUGCGGGACGAUAGAAGAGAAGAUCUACCGUCGACAGGUCUUCAAGAAAUCUCUUAUCAAGCAGACCACGGGCAAUUUUAAGGAAGAUAUAUACAGUAAUUUCACCACCCAAGAGCUAAGACACUUGUUUGAGCUUGAAGACACCGAGGUAUCUGUUACACAGAAACAGCUGGAAGGUCUCCAUGGAUGGCAGAGAAAGUCCUCGAGAGAACUAGAUCAACACAUUGCAUUCCUGAAAACAAUAGUGAGCGGGAUCAGCGAUCAUGAUCUCCUGUUUUCAUUGGAUAGCAAAACCUUGAGGGCAAAGCUCGCCGAGUAUGACGCAAAGGUUACAGAGAGAAGACUUGCAAUUCCUGGCUCCAUGCUUGCAGCCCCUUUUACAGUUAAUCGUGGGAAUCAACUGGAUAGCUGUUCUAGAAAAAUAGAAAGAAAACCGACCGUGCAAGAAAUGCCUUUGUUACCGAUAUACAAAGAUACAAAGAUAUGUCAUGUAAGAAAAGAAGAAACGAGCUGUACAGAGAAAGCAUCAAAACUUGAGGGAAAAUGUAGCAGAUUGGAGUUUUCUCGUAGCUGUGGCAAGAGUGAGCAAGACAAUUCUAGUUGCAGUAGUAGUAGCCUUGAGAAUGUAGAAUGGAUGUUUUCUAAAAGCAAACCGGACACUGUCCAAGGUGAGACCCUUGAUGAUGUUAUUGACUUGAUAAGCACAUCCUCCAAUCAGUCAGAGGAGACGUGCAGUGCAGUAGAGGAGAAGUUUGUGUCCAGCUCACAGGGUCUAAUUGGAGAGUGUGUCGGAGGAAAUAUGGUAUGCAGCAAUGACAGCCUUGUGGAUAAAGACCCGAUGCCUCAGGGAUGUGGUGAUACAGCUCUGGACAAAGACAGUGCUGAAACACGCAAGGUCAAUGAUCAGGCCGAUGGUGCAGAUGAGCCAUCAGGAAGAUUUGACAACGAAAAUGCAGAAUGUAGGGAUGAGAGUCUUGGGAAAAUAGAUUGGAUGCAGUCCCAGGGAGAAGAAGGUGAUAAUCCUGACGCCAAAGAUGCCGAAGACGAUGCUACCCCUGAUGAUGAUGGUGUUGAUGAUGAUGGUGGUGGUGGUGGUGAUGGUGAUGAUGAUGAUGAUGAUGAUCAUGAAGAUGAUCAUCCUGAUGCUCAAGAUGCUGAAGACGAGAAAGCCAGGUAUCGCUCUGAUUGGCCGAAGAAGUUAUCAAGGGUACCGAAGGAGAAUUUUGUUUCCAGAUUCUCUAACACCACUGGUAAAGUUGAGUACCCCCAGAAGUCGUUAAAGAGAGAUAAUGGCGGUCGCUCUGUCGAUGCUACCCCUGAUGGUGAUGGUGAUGAUGUUCAUGAUGGUGAUGAUGAUGAUGUUCAUGAUGGUGAUGAUGAUGAUGAUGUUGAUGAUGAUGGUGGGGGUGGUGGUGAUGAUGAUGAUUAUGAUGAUGGUGGUGGUGAUGAUGAUGGUUAUGAUGGUGGUGGUGAUGAUGAUGAUGAUGGUGAUAGUGAUGAUGUUGAUGAUGGUGAUGAUGAUGAUGAUGAUGUUGAUGAUGGUAAUGAUGAUGAUGAUGAUGUUGAUGAUGGUGGUGGUGGGGUUGGUGAUGAUGGUGAUGAUGAUGAUGAUGAUGAAUAUUUUGAUGCCCGCAGUGACUUCAGUAGCAGUAGCAUCAUCUGCCUUGAAGAUCCAUCAGUUGAUAUGCCUGGAUCUGCAUGUCAGGGUGAGCCUAAUGUAUUCAAACGAGAAGCAGAAGAGCAGGAGGAAGGGAGUUUGCCAAAGAAGAAAGCAAGGACUGGGGGCGAUAGGUUUCUGUGGUUGGAUUGGUAAAGAUCAGAUAUUGAAGAAGGGUCCAUUUUAGUUUCAUAAAAGUAUACAGUUGUGCUCAAAAGUUAUUGAACCCCAUCACAAAA